CUCCUCCUCCGCGCUGCGGCUGGGCUGAUGCAAAGUUGCAUGUCCGCAGUUGAAUUGACACCACCGGCAGUCUGUUCUGGGGUUUAACGUUAACUUCCAUUUUCUGAAUAACAGUUAUUUAGUUUCCCCCUCCGUAGCGAACUGUCGUAGCACCUGGGCUGACAUGGCGACGGAGAUAACGAAAGGUGUGGAACAAGUCUCAGUGGGUCAGCUCUAUGUAUCAGACAAAUGUGGCAGCGACCAGGAUGGGGAUGGCACAGAGGAGAAACCCUUCAAAACCCCUCUCAAGGCUCUGAUGUGUGCUGGAAAGGAACCAUUCCCCACCAUCUAUGUAGAAUCACAGAAGGAGGGAGAGCGUUGGGCUGUGAUCUCUAAGACGCAGAUGAAGAACGCAAAGAAGGCCUUUAACCGUGAGCAGAUGAAAUGCGAUGCCAAGGAAAAGAAGGAGGCAGACGACAAUGAGAGAAGAGAGAAGAACCUGGAUGAAGCCAAGAAGAUCGUCAUUGAGAACGACUCCAGCCUGCCUGAGCCUGAAACGGCUAAAAUCCAUCACCUGGAGGCCAAGAGAGGUCAGAGAGUCAAGGUGUUCGGAUGGACUCACCGCCUCAGGAGACAGGGGAAGAACCUGAUGUUCAUCGUGUUGAGAGAUGGAACUGGAUUCCUCCAGUGUGUCCUGUCUGAUAAACUGUGCCAGUGCUACAAUGCCUUGGUUUUGUCCACAGAGAGUACUGUAGCUCUGUACGGGACUGUCACUCCAGUUCCUGAGGGCAAACAGGCGCCCGGAGGUCACGAGCUGCACUGUGACUUCUGGGAGCUGAUUGGCUUAGCUCCGGCGGGCGGGGCUGACAACCUGCUGAACGAAGAGUCGGACGUGGACGUCCAGCUGAACAACAGGCACAUGCUGAUCAGAGGGGAGAACGUCUCCAAGAUCCUCCGAGUCCGAUCCACAGUCACGCAGUGCUUCAGGGACCACUUCUUCAGCCGCGGAUACUAUGAGAUCACUCCCCCGACCCUGGUGCAGACUCAGGUGGAGGGCGGCUCCACGCUGUUUAACCUCAACUACUUUGGCGAGCAGGCGUACCUGACGCAGUCCUCCCAGCUCUACCUGGAGACCUGCAUACCUGCCCUGGGCGACACCUUCUGCAUAGCCCAGUCGUACCGGGCCGAGCAGUCCCGCACCCGCAGACACUUGUCUGAAUACACUCACAUCGAGGCUGAGUGUCCCUUCAUGACGUUUGAGGAUCUGCUGAACAGACUGGAGGAUCUGGUGUGUGACGUGGUGGACCGAGUGCUCAAAUCCCCCGCUGCACAGCUGCUCUAUGAUAUCAACCCUAACUUCAAACCCCCCAAGAGGCCGUUCAAGAGGAUGAACUACACUGAAGCCAUCGAGUGGCUCAGAGAGCACGACGUCAAGAAGGACGACGGCUCCUACUAUGAGUUUGGAGAGGACAUCCCCGAGGCUCCAGAGAGGCUGAUGACAGACUCCAUCAACGAGACCAUCCUGCUCUGUCGUUUCCCGGCUGAGAUCAAAUCCUUCUAUAUGCAGCGCUGUCCCGAGGACAAACGCCUCACUGAGUCGGUCGACGUGUUGAUGCCAAAUGUCGGUGAGAUCGUCGGAGGCUCGAUGCGUAUCUGGGACGCUGAUGAGCUGCUGGAGGGAUAUAAGAGGGAGGGAAUCGACCCGACCCCGUACUACUGGUACACUGACCAGAGGAAGUAUGGCACGUGUCCUCACGGCGGUUACGGUCUGGGUCUGGAGCGUUUCCUCACCUGGCUGCUGAACAGACAUCACAUCAGAGACGUCUGUCUGUACCCACGAUUCAUCCAGCGCUGCCGACCCUGAAGGCCCCCCCCCACACACACACACACAUACACAGAUAUAUCCUGUCAGUAUAUCUGGACCUGGCAUGUUGCAGUGCUCUGUGACCCAUAAAAUGUGUUGCUGCAAUAUUAAAUCACAUUACAAAGAAUUCUAUGCUUUGUCCCUUUUAGCUCUUAUUUUCUGUAUAAAAACUCAGUUCUGAGGAGUUAAAGUCUUAACUGUAAACUUCAUCAUGCCACAAACUUCCCUCCUUAUUCCUAGUUUGGUCUGGCUUGAAACCUGAAUCUGAUCAUUUCUGCGUCUGCUCGUUGGCUGAUUAUCCAACCAGUAAUAAACACUGUAGUUUCUUGUUAUUGUACAGAGUGUCUGCAAGUCCUGGAGGAGGGGGGGGGGAUAAAAUGCUGACUUGAAUGCUGCCAAAUAAUAGCUUAAUUAUUCAAUUUUCAACAGCGUUAAAAAGAAAAUCAUACAAACGUUAUUCAGCGUUUUCUAAGAUGCAAAUGGAAUCCUACCGAAUGAAAUGUGAAUCUGUAUGAAAAUGUCUGUUGGCUGUUUGGGGCCAAAAACUACACCCUUCACAAACUGCGCAGGUCAGAUUCACACAAGAAAACUGCGGAAGCACGUUCAUCAAAGAAAAAAAGAAAGGUGACAGAAUGUUUGCUUCUCUGCUGUUGGAGGCUUGUUAGUACAUCAGUCUGUGGACUCCUGUCCUACUGUGGUGGUUUCUGUACAUUAGUUUCAAUGUAAAAACAUGACCACCGCUCUGAUCCUCUCUUGGUGAUGUUUAUUCCUGUUAUUUGUUGGCUCAAACUUAAAUCACAGAAACAACAGCGCUGCUUUGGUGCACUUUCCAUACAUUUCCCACAACGGCUUGGUCUGGAAAUCAAAGUUAGAAAUGAAGUGUUGGCGGCAGCCUGUCCAUCAAAUCACUGGUGGUUUAGAAAUGUCUCGGGGUCUCAUCAUGUCUGUGUGCACUGCCUCUUCAUGUGAAAAUACGAAAUAAACUGUACUUUAAUAAAAUGGGAGUCUUGACAGCUUA